CCUAAGCGGGCCCUCUCCGCGUACAUGUUUUUCAGUCAAGAUUGGAGGGAAAGAAUCAAGACUGAGAACCCCGAUGCUGGUUUCGGUGAGGUUGGCAAACUACUAGGCGCCAAGUGGAAGGAGCUUGACGAGGAGGACAAGCAGCCUUAUAUCGAAUUGGCCGCCAAGGACAAGACAAGGGCAGAGGAGGAGAAGGCGUCCAUGGCUGCCGUAUGUAUAUGUCAUUUUUCCACAUCAUGGCAUGUAUUGAACAUCUUUUCGUAG